AUUUAUUGGAACUAAGAGAAACUAAAAUGGAAAGCUGAUGGGAGCAACAGUAGAACAAGCUAUUGAUCAUUGGAAAUCCAAACCUCUUCACUAUCAACUCUCAAUAAAGCCAUAGAGCCACUCCCAAACGAUCUUCAAGGAUAUUGGAUGAAAAGAUUAGUUACACUAUAUCAUUCAGAAAGAAGAUUAAUUAUACCUAUAUUGCAAUCAAACGCAAGAUAUUCUUGAUCAGACCCAGUAGAAAUGGAAUCAAUAACCCAAAAAUUGGACUCAAUUACCACAAAUUCUGGUUUCAAUUCUCACAAAACCUCGAAAUCACUAAAUCCAUUCGCCAAAGCAUUAGAACCAAUUACAACCAAGAUUAGUAGCAACCAGCAAGCAAAAACAACAAAUAGCCCAAACUACAAAACAAAGAAUGGGGUUCCAAGCAAGACUUCUAGCCCAAAAGACCCCAUCCAUAUUAAGUCCCAUAGCCCAAGGGCGACAAAUUCUCGGAGAGACCAACAACAGACUAGAAACUAUGGCAACCCUAAAUUCAACAAAUCACUUAUGGACCCACUUCCUUCUAAAAACUCUAGAAACUCUAAACAGAACUCAUCCAUAUCCAGAGAGUUAUUCCCAACCAAAAAAUUCGAUAACUCUAACAUUUCCACGAUGUCAAACCUGAACCCUAGCUGUGCAAGUGCUAGUAACUAUGAAUUUGUAACAAAAGCGGCGAACCCAACAUUUCUUACGAAGAAUGCUAGUGUCUCUCAGUUAAGCACUAGGACGAUGGAAUUAAUUGCAAAAACAAAAGAUACUUUUGGUACAACGGACCUAUGCAAUGACUCUUCCAGCCCAAACAAGUUCAUUUCUAAAACACAUAGCGAGAGGUCGGCAAAUAGUGAUGAUAAAACCAGUGAGUCAAAUGGUUUAAGCAGAGCAAGUUGUGGGAGCUCUCCUAAUGAUGGUUUAGAAUGCACAAGUAGUGGCAUCAACAAACCUCACACUGGGGGUGAUGGGAGAUGGGAGGCAAUUCAAAUGGCCAAGUCUAGGGAUUCACCGCUGAGUUUGACACAUUUCAGGUUAUUGAAGAGAUUGGGUUAUGGUGAUAUUGGGAGUGUGUAUUUGGUGGAGUUAAGAGGAACAAAUAGCUUCUUUGCUAUGAAGGUUAUGGAUAAGGCUUCUUUGGCUGGUAGGAAUAAGUUGCUUAGGGCAAAAACUGAAAGGGAGAUACUUGCUUUGUUGGACCAUCCAUUCUUGCCAACACUGUAUUCACACUUUGAGACUGAUAAAUUCUAUUGCUUGGUCAUGGAGUUUUGCAGUGGGGGGAAUUUGCAUUCCGUAAGGCAAAAGCAGCCCAACAAGCACUUUACAGAGCAAGCUGCAAGGUUCUAUGCCUCAGAGGUACUCCUAGCACUGGAGUAUCUACACAUGCUGGGUAUCAUCUACAGAGACCUAAAACCCGAAAACGUACUUGUCCGAGAGGAAGGCCACAUCAUGCUUUCGGACUUCGACCUCUCCCUACAAUGCUCCGUGAGUCCCACCCUCGUAAAAUCAUGUUCAGUGCAAGUUGGCUCUGGCACAAACUGGGGCAUACUCGACUCCGAAUUCCAGCAACCUGGGUGCAUCCAGCCUCCUGCCUUCCUUCCCCGUCUCCUCCCAAAGAAAGGUCGAAAAUCUAAGUCAGACUCUGGCCCUUCUGCUGCCUUUGGCAUCGGAAGUGCGUCAGGAGCCCUGCCGGAGCUCAUGGCAGAGCCUACAAGUGCCAGAUCAAUGUCUUUCGUUGGAACUCACGAGUACCUUGCACCCGAGAUCAUCCGGGGAGAGGGACAUGGAAGUGCUGUGGAUUGGUGGACAUUCGGUAUCUUCUUGUAUGAGCUUUUACAUGGAAUGACUCCGUUUAGGGGAGCAGGGAACCGAGCCACUUUGUUCAAUGUCGUAGGGCAACCGUUGAGGUUUCCUGAGACCCCGGCCGUGAGCAUGGCCGCUAAGGACUUGAUAAGUGGGCUCCUGGUGAAGGAUCCUCAACGGAGGAUUGCAUACAGGAGGGGGGCGACAGAGAUAAAGCAGCACCCUUUUUUCGAAGGCGUGAAUUGGGCUCUUAUAAGGAGCACCACACCCCCUCAGGUGCCAGAUCCUUUCGACCUCACGAGGCUCACUGGGAAGGCAGGGCCAGAGACCACAAAGAAGAAGUUUGAUGGCAAGGGUGGUGGUGGUGAUUCUCAUCUUGAUUUUGAGUACUUUUAAGUUCCAAUGUAAAUUUCAGACGUGGGAGAAAAGAGUGAAAUGUUUUUGAAAAUAGUUUGGUUAAAGAAGGUUUAAGUGCUUAACGUUUUCUCUGAUCAAUAGAGAAAGUGUUUCACGUAAAAUGAGUGACAUCUUUCCUUUUCUCUCAUUUUUCUUAGGUAAAUUUGUAAAAUGAAAAUUUGAAUUGCUCAUGGUGUAUAUCGGUUUUGUGUAUAGACUGUGAAUCUUGAAUGUAUUGCAAUUUGCAAGUCC